CAUGGAUGUAGUUACAUCUGAAAUAAUAACUGAGUGGGCACCCAGUCAUUUUGGAGAAGAACAAGCCAGCUCUCCAGGGUCCUCUGUGGACUCCAUGUGCUCUUCACCGGAGAUGUGCUGUCCAAGCGGAUCUCAGGACACGGACUUUUCGUUUGGUUACUGUGGACGAAGGACAAGUAACGCAACGCAGAGGCAGAUCAAGUCAAAGAUGUCCACCAAGAGGCGCAUGAAGGCCAGUGAGAGGGAGAAGUUGCGCAUGAGGAGCCUGGCAGAGGCCCUGCACCAGCUCCGGGAUUACCUGCCUCCGGACUACACCAAGAGAGGACAACCACUCACCAAAAUACAGACCCUCAAAUACACCAUCGAGUACAUCAACAAACUCUCGGACAUCCUUAGCCUUGCGUAAUAUUGAAUUUUACGCACGUUCUGACUCUUCGCCCUUUUCUAGAUGCUGUAAAUAUUGUUAAAUGGGCACUUGACGAUUGUUGUGUAUAUUUUGACAUCUUGUUCAUUAUAGAUUUAUACAAGAUCACGCAUCCCUAUAGGCCUAUGUCAACCGGCUGAGGAUACAAGGCUAAGCAAGUUACUCUAGAUUUUGUUAUUUUGUUCUUGGUUGUUUUUGCAUAGUUUGGGGCAUUUUGUAAGUUGUCUGUGACAUUUUAUAUUGAGACAAGAUAUGCAUGGCUUUUUAAUUUGAAUAAAUACGUUUGUUUUUUGGUAUUUUCUUAUUCUAAAGUCUUACUUUUGAUACUUAUUGCAUCUUGUCAAUUAUACCAUUA